AUGAAGACGGUCUCUCUUGCCUCCAUUGCGGCUCUGGCCAUCGGAGCUUCUGCCAACGAGUGCAACGCCGACAACUGCCUUCGUGCCCUCCGGGCGACUCAGACCCCCGGUCGGCUGCAAUCGGCACAGGCGUUCUGCUCCGCCUACACGGCGACCCCACCGGCCUCGGUGGCCAUCCCCAGCUAUGCCGCGAAAGCCUGUGUGGGCAACCACGUCGGCCCUUUGGCCGUGCGCCUGUCCAGUGCCUGUUCGUGCAUUGCACCGUCCACGACCUCGGCAGCGACAACCGUGACAAGCACGGCUGCUCCGACAUCCUCAACGGCGCCAUCGGCCACCGAGGAACCCUGUGCCAUAGCCAGCAGCGCCUGGGCCGCCGUCCAGUCGAGCAACCCCUCGGCCGGCGUCUCGAUCCCCGCCGAGCUGGCAUACAACUGCCUCCGGUCCGUGCCCCUGCACAAGGACGCGGCCGUGCAGCUCGUCGACGCCAUCGAGCCGUACCUCGAGUGGCAGUCGGACGCCGCGUACAAGGCCGACCCGCCCGCCGACUACUUCUACCCGCCCUACGACAUCUUUGAGGCGCUGGCGCAGGUCCGCAGCGACCUGGUCAACGACGUCUAUGACAGCGAGUAUGCCUUCCAGAUCGACCUCUACCUCAAGGUCUUUGGCCAGGGCCACGACGGCCACUUUGUCUUCUACCCGGACCUGCUGAGCAAAGCAUUUGUCUACACGCGCCCGCGCUCGCUCGUCUCCGUGGCCGACACGGCCAGUGGCUCGACGCUGCCCGUCAUCAAGGUCUACGAGGAUGUCGUGGCCAACCCGGAGACGGCGUCGGCCGUGGUGCUGAUCAACGGCAUCGACGCCACCACCUACAUCCAAAACACCAUUUUCACGGCGUCGUUCAACCAGGACCCCGAUGCGGCGUACAACAGCAUGUUCUAUUCCAAGGCCGUCUUUGGUGCCGGCGAGGGCACGGGCUACUUCUCGGCGGGCGGGCGUAUCCGGUUCAACUACCAGGGGCCGACCACGACGUUCACGUUUGCCAACGGCACCGAGGCCACAUUCACCAACACGGCCAGCGUGCUGGCGUCGCUGUCGGGCAUUACCGACGGCGAGUCCAUGUUCCAGAAGUUUUGCAGCGGCGCCAACAAGUUUCAUGCCGCCAACCAGCCCGUAUCCAGCGCGGCGCCGUCGCCCUACGCGCCGACGUCGUCGUCUGCCUCGCCCUCCGCCAGCCCGACCGGCACCACCAGCGGCGGCGUGACCGUGCCCGGCUUCCCCAAGCCCGUCGACAUCACCGACGACGCCAUUGUGUCGUGCUACUUCCUGGACGGCCCUGGCUUCGAGGACGUGGCCGUGCUGUCUGUGCUGGCGUUUGAGUCCGAGUCGCCGAGCGAGUUCCAGGCGGUGCAGCGCAACUGCAUUGCACAGGCCCGCGCGGCCGGCAAGAAGAAGAUUGUGGUGGACUUCAGCGCCAACGGCGGCGGCUACAUCUUGCAAGGGUACGACUUCUUCCGCCAGUUCUUCCCGCAGGUCGUGCAGGACGGCUUCUCGCGCUGGAAGGCCAACGAGGCAUUUGUGGCGCUGGCGCACAUCAUCAGCGACGACGUCGCCACGCUGGACCCCUACACGUCGGACAAUGCCGACCUCAUUGGCGAGUACGAGACGUGGUUCGACACGCGGUACGACCUGGACGUCCACGACGACCCGUUCAAGAGCUUCGCAGACAAGUUUGGGCCGUACGUCUUCCAGGACACCAACUACACGGCCCUUACGCGCUGGAACCUCGACGACCCGCUGACGACGACCAACGACACGUACGGCAUGGGCAUGGAGAUUAGCGGCUACGGCGCGCUGGCCAACCUGACGCAGCCGUAUGCGGCCGACGACAUUGUGCUGCUGUACGACGGGUUCUGCGCGUCGACGUGCACGCUGGCGUCGGAGAUGCUCCGCAUCCAGGGCGGCGUGCGGUCCAUUGCCAUGGGCGGGCGGCCGCGCACGGGCCCGAUCCAGGGCGUCGGCGGCAUCAAGGGCGCACAGACGCUGGCCUUCAACGACGUGUACGGGUACGCCUCGGCGGGCGCGGCGCAGGCCGAAAACGACGCGCAAAAGGCGGCCCUCGCGCGCUACAGCCAGCUGCCCGUGCUGCGGUCGUCGUCGGCGGCGCUCAACACGCGCGACCAGAUUCUGCGCGGCAACGUGCAGGACGGCCUGCCGGCGCAGUUCGUGGUCGAGGAGGCGGACUGCCGGCUGUACUGGACGGCGGCGAUGGCGACGGACGUGACGGCGGUGUGGAAGGCGGCGGCGCAGGCGGCGUUCAACGAGGGCGCGUGUGCGGCGGGCUACAUUGCGCAGUCGACGAAGCAGCCGCCAUCCUCGACAAAGUCCAAGCGGGCGGCCGCGGCCGAGGCGCUCGAGAAGCGCCGGUGGACGGCAGCGAGCGAGGCCAGUCUGGCACGCCGACAGGCGGUGGCGGCGGCCAAGGCGCAGGGUCUGUUGGACAGGCGCGGCGCCGCGGCCAAGGACGUGCAGCGGUUCAACGCCAAGUACAACCAGAAGGCGGUGGAGUAG